AAAAAGUGCAUCGAGUAAUCCGAUUCUUGCUAAAGCUCGCCGAAUUGAUCGUUCAUCUCCUGGAUAUAAUGUAGAAGAUCUAACUGAUCUUUUUGAUGAUAAUGACAAUGAACAGGAUAUUGUUAAUGCUUCUAAUGAUACGGUAACCUUUAACCCAGCUGCUAUUAUUAGGUCUGGUCUAAAAAACGUCAGAACAGUUGAUACUGCUAUAAACAUUUUACGAAUUCGUGGAAGAUUUCUUACAAAAAACUACACAAAUUUGACAGGGUUAAAUGAUUCAAUCAAUAUUAAUAAUCUUGACCCAAAUGUUAUGCGCUCAAGUGAUAGUAAUGACGAUAAUCUUUUGAAAAUGUGGCAAAAUACUAUAACUUCACACAAAACAACUUUCCGUCAUAACAAUAUUCCUAUCUUUGAAAAUGAGCCUCUACUAAAUACCUUU